GACUUCCUCUAUGCUCAGCCCUGGGCAAGGAGAGACUUCUGCACUCACAAGCGAAGGGAAGGCGAGGCCGGGGCUUCUCUGGGUCACUUCAGGGACUGUCAGCAAGAAAGCUGCAGGAAUGAGCACACAAAUGAGAAAACCAAAACCGAGAGCCUUCUAAGAAGCAUGGGAGGAAGGAAGAUGGCAAGAGAUGAGGAAGACGCCUAUGGCUCAGAGGACUCCAGGGCCCCGCAGAUGCCCCAGCUGAGGCUCAUCCUAGUGGGCAGGACUGGGACCGGCAAGAGUGCCACUGGCAACAGCAUCCUGGGUCAGAAGUGCUUCCUGUCCAGGCUGGGGGCGGUGCCUGUCACCAGAAGUUGCACUUUGGCCAGCAGAAUGUGGGCCGGCUGGCAGGUGGAGGUGGUGGACACCCCGGAUAUCUUCAGCUCCGAGAUCCCGCGGACCGACCCUGGGUGCGUGGAGACAGCCCGCUGCUUUGUGCUGUCGGCCCCUGGGCCGCACGCGCUGCUGCUGGUCACCCAGCUGGGUCGCUUCACCAUGCAGGACAGCCAGGCGCUGGCCGCGGUGAAGCGGUUAUUCGGGAAGCAGGUGAUGGCGCGCACUGUCGUGGUGUUCACGCGCCAAGAGGACCUGGCUGGAGACUCCCUGCAGGAUUAUGUGCACUGCACGGACAACCGCGCGCUGCGGGACCUGGUGGCCGAGUGCGGGGGCCGCGUGUGCGCCCUCAACAACCGCGCCACAGGCAGCGAGCGCGAGGCUCAGGCUGAGCAGCUGCUGGGCAUGGUUGCGUGCUUGGUGAGGGAGCACGGGGGCGCGCACUACUCCAAUGAGGUGUAUGAGCUGGUGCAGGACACGCGGUGCGCUGACCCCCAGGACCAAGUAGCCAAGGUGGCAGAGAUAGUGGCUGAGCGCAUGCAGAGGCGCACCAGGUUGCUAGCUGGGCUGUGGGGAUGGCGGAAAUUCUACUGGAAGGGCUGGAGGCGUGGUUUCUCUGUCUUCCUGGGUGUGGCCAUCUUGAUCUACCUGCUGUUCUACAGAAAGGGCUUUGGGGACCAGAAUAACAGAUAAAGCUGGUGUUAGAAGAUGUUCCGUUUUUAAAAAAGAAAUAGUUAGAAUUCUGCUCAGAGCUUUAAUGAUUCACAGUGCAGUGACUUGGCAUCAACUUUGCUAAGGUUCUGUUGUGUGAGGAGCGGGUGUGGCGGCAGUACCAAAGGCACCAGGGACUGCAGCUAAGUCUUAUGGCUUGCACCUGACUUCCUCAUACACCUGAAUAUAAGCCACAAACAUCAUGAGAGCUGCACAGGUGCACCAGGAUACUGGUGAAUCCAUUUUGAUGGAGAUAUGCCCCUGCUGCCCUGAUUAGCUGAAGCUGCGUGCCUGGUGAGGUGGCGUGGCCUGCUGUGGGUGGAUGGGAACUGAGAGUAUAUAAGAGUGAGAGGCCCAGGGUUCGGGGGAGAUAUAAACAAGAAGAAAGAUGAAGACUGAAUAAACUGCUGUUAGAAGGA